CCCGAAUCAAAACGCUCAGGACUCAAUUGCGGCCCUCGCUAAGGGAAAACCCCAAUAAAAAUCAGAGGCCAGAGGAUACUGGUCGCCCGCCUUCUCUUCCUGUACAUUACAUUGAGACCAUAUCACGCCUACUAUCCGCACAUCUCACUUUGGUCGCUCCGCAUCAACCACAUUCUAACCCACCAUGCCUGUGCAUAAGGUGCUUUUUUGGAGCGGUUUCGGUAUUGCCGUCCGUCUCUGGCAGCUCGGUAUCGAAAUGCGCCCCUUCUUUAACAGAGAAUCUUUAUGGGUUUACCCACUUUUUGCGACCGUCGGCGGAAGCUUUGGAUACUGGCUUGAAGGGGUGGAAUCGAGACAAUUGAAAAUGCUCGCAGAUAGAAAAGAGAUGCUUUUGGAAAAACGACGAAGAAGAGCCGAGAGAGAGGCUGGCGAGCCAGGGUUGAGCAAGAUAGAAGAGGGCGGAAUGCUGGCCAGCACUUCGUAAACAAUACUUGGGUGAAUUCGAUUGAGACCCAGGUGGCAAUACAAUCUUGACGCGGCUGGUCGGGUCCGAUAGAGUAUAAGGGACGGAGACGCAGAGAAAAAGGACAGGAUGUCCAAAAAUAUAACGAAUGGUUCGGUUCCGUGGAGGCAUGAAGAAAAGGACUCUGGCAUGUUCUCUGCGAUUUUACAAUUGGUUCAAUUCUGUCAAUUCCACUAUGUUUUCCGAGAAACCCCCAAAGGAUGGUAUGAAAAAUAGAUGUAAAAUAACUACAUUUUAACCUUGCAUCCCUUUUCAGUUCUCG